AUGGCUCGUACGAAGGCUUCAGUCAUAGACCAGGAUAACCCAAGAGUCAAAUUAUCUGGCAAAAGUAAACCAAAUCAGCAGAAGAAGAGGAAAGACAAAGCACAGAGUAACGAUUCUGUAAAGAAAAAGAAAAUAAAAAAGGAGGAAUCUGAGAGUGAGGACAGUGAUGAGCAGUCCAAGUUUCCUCAGUUCUACAAAGGAACAACAUGGCCACUGGACGCCAAAGUAGAGGUUCAUGUUGACUAUGAGGAAGUGAAAGAGGUCCGCAAAAUCAAGCCUCCGUUUCUUCCACUGCUGUAUCAGCUGACCCGCGGAGAACCUGAGAGUAUCACCAAAGCCGUCACCUCAAUACAGCCUGUUCAUCAACUACUUAAAGAAAGAUUUGUAAAGGAAGAUAAACCAGAAGUGAAACAGGAACCAGAUAAGAAACCUCUCGCAGUGAACCCCAAGAAAGUUGAUCUGGCAACAUUAAAGAAAAUCCCCAGUCAACAUUUCCGAGAUGCGAAAGGGAAAUGGCUACCAAAGAAAAAGUGGAAAUUUGCUGAGAUCCUUAAGAACAAGCCAAAGCUACGUCACCUGCUUUCGGAGAGGACAGAAAAAUCAGAUGGAAACCGAGUCACUGACAAUACUGACAAGGGUCAACAAGGAACUGCAAAGAAGCUUACAUUGCUUGCUGAUGCGAGGUCAGCCAUUGAGGAAGUCUUAGCUCGGGUCUGUAUGAGACGACAGGAGUUCGCCAAACUGAUCGUAUGGUUAAGGAGUCUAGAAAUGAAAUCCUACGGAAAAUCCAACACCCCGAAUUCUGUGAGACCCUGGCGGAAGAAAAUAAGAUCCAGCCCGAGAAGCAAACCGAAGGCUAUACCAAAGACUGCUGUUAGGGAAACAGAGGCUGACGCAAGUUCAGAUGACGAUACCAAUGUACCAAUCAAAAAAGCUAUGUAUGGCUUAGAAAAGAGUUCAAUUAUCCGCAACACUCGUCUCAGAAACAAACCCAAGUAUAUGCCAUACAUUCCUCCCAAAAAUCGGGAAAGCAAGGAGCCAGCAAAAGUGACAUCAAAAACAAAAAAGGAAAAUAGGGUUUCUGGUCAACAUUCUGGUUCAGCAAAGAGCUUACCUCAGCAAUCUGAAUCAUCAAAAAGUUUAACUCAGCAAACAGGGUCUUCAAGAGGAUUUAGUGUUUUGUUCAAAGGUAGGACUUUCUCCUCAGGAAAGAAAUUCUUUUUCAACAGAAGACAGAAUGUCCAAAGUGAAAGUGAUUCUGAGGACAAUGAGGAAGAAAAUGAUAGGUCUUCCACCAACACCAGAAAAUCAAAGGAAAAUAGACAAUCAAAGAGUGGACUUGAGUCAACUGAUAAUCAAAAUCCAGGGAAGGAAAAGUCAAAGUCACAGCAAAAAAUCAAAAAGGCAACACCAUCAACAUCAAGACUGCAAGAAAGCUCACCCAGCUCGGGGACUGAAGGGGAAUCAGAAGAGGAGGAUGCUGUAGAGAAAAGGAGAACUCUUAAAUCUUCUAGUGCACUCUUUCCACAAGUAAGGGUUCCAUUAAUGAAGUUGAGUGAUGCAGUAAAACCAUCUUCACAGAAAGAAGAGGGCCCACUAAAUAUUGUACCAUCAGCUGAUUGCAGGCAGACGGAAGCGAAACAUGGAGAUCCUCAAGCAAGUCAGAACAACUCAGAAGGGAGAACUUCUUGCUCAGGAAAUGUGAGCAAAUUAAAGAGAACCAUCAACAAGGAGGGAAAUGAGUUGAGUGAUAAACCUGUCAGAAAAAAAGCAAAGAUUCAAAUGGUGAUGUGGAAAGAUGAUGUAGAAAAAUUAAAAGAUAAUGUGAAUAAAAAUGGAGGACUGGAAGAGGAUGAAGAUAUGACAGGGAUGCAGAAUGAAGCAGAAAUGGGGGAAGGUUCAACACCCACGUCUCCUUUGUUAGGUGAGGAGGAUGGUAGUAGUGAAGAAUUUCCCCCUCCAGAGGUUCAUAUUGAAAACUUAGAGGGAGAGGACAUGAGGACCAAUGAUGAGGACAAUAAUGCAGGAGAUAUGGAAGCUUAUGAGGGUGAGGAAGGAGAUAUUUCCUCAGCAUCCCUAAUCUUAGAAAACACUGUCACUCAGAGUAGUGGAGAAGAGAGGGAAAAUGAUUCAUCCAAUGCAGAGAGGGGGAAUAACUCCUCCAAUAUAGAGAGGGGGAAUAACUCCAUGAACCUAGAAAGGGGGAAUAACUCCUCCAUUACAGAGAGGGAAAAUACAUGCAGCUCUUCAUAUGUAGAGAUCGGGGAUAACUCUUCCAGUAUAGAGAGGGGAACUAACUCCUCCAUCAUAGAGAAGGUAAAUAACUCCACUAACCUAGAAAAGGGAAAUAAGUCUUCUACUGCUGAGAGGGGAAAUAGCUCUUCCAAUGUAGAGAAGGGGGAUAACUCUUCCAAUGCUGAGAGGCCAUCUGGUUCAUCUAGUAACCCACAAAAGUCAAGCACAGAGGAAACCCUGCGUUUACUUAUCAGUCAUUUGUCAAACUUGCGAGAUUCCCAGGGAGAAGCUGUCGAUUGUAAGAUAUUAUUCUCCAAUGCAAACCAAGUUUUAACUAUAUCUGGGAGAAAAAAUAUUUCAUUAGAAGAAAGCAUAGAUGUAAAACCAAUCAUUGAUCAGGGAGAGUCAUUAGGGAAUUCUGGAGCCCCUACAUCAGAUCGCGUCAACAGAGCCAGUCCUGAUACAUCCAACCAGAUGGACAAUCCAGAGAGUUCAGAGUUGAAUGUCCGUGGCAUUGUAGAGAAUGUAGAAAGUGAUGAUAGCAGUUUGGAAAUUAUUUCCCCAGAAACCAUGACAACUGUUAAGCAAGAGAGCGUGGAGACUGAAGGGGAAGAGGUGGAGCUAAAAAACCAAAAAGAGGCUGAGGCAAUUAUCAUAAUAGAUGAUUAAAUAUAUUGAUGUAUAAUUCUGGAUUUCUUGUGACCUUCAAAUUAUUUCAUUAGAGAUACACAAGUGUUUUGAAAUAGUUGUACAUGAAUGUGGGCAACACCAAGUGAGAAGGGUAAUUCUAAGAGAUGUGAGAGCUAGGGAAGAUUGGCUUGUACAGUUAGAAACAAAAUGUGUUGUGUGGUUAAGAUUCUGGAAGAAUAAAGGAAAAAUAUGAAUAUUUCAAAUAAAAGGGGGGAGGGAUGAGAGAAAUGUGAUAAAUCUGGAUAGAGCUGUAUUAGAUGGUUUUGUUAUUGGCAUUUUUUUUUGUGGUUAUCAUUUACCUGUAUAGGUUAUAAUUUGUAUAAACAUAUAAUUUUUACAUCAUAUUAUUUUGUUUUCAUAGAUUUCUGUAGAUG